AUGAGGCUAGCAAAUAAUUCUUUACAAAACAGAACUCUUGACCCUUUAAUUAAUUAUAGAUGGAUAGAAGAUUUGCCUAAUUUUAAUCCAUUAAUAGAAGCAUUUGUGGAAGCAUCAAAAAAUGAAAAUUGGGAAUUUUCUCAAUAUUUGUAUAAAUUUUUACAAUUUAUUUGUGAAAAGAAAAAUGUUGGCCUAACGUUGGGACAAGCUGAAAUUUUUAGACAAGUUUAUAUUCGUUGGAGUUCAACAUUUCUCAAUUUAUCGUUAGACAAUACUCAACAAACUUUAGAUUUAUUAAUUCAUCAAAUGGCUGCUGAAUUGGGUUCUCAUCGUGCUUUAUCAAUUUUACAAUUAUUUUUUGAUGGAGAAUUUAAUUUUAAUAAUAAUAAAAAUAUGAGAUCACCAAAAUUAAAUACUCAAAAAUUCAAGGAAGUCGCCGAAAUUAAUUUUGACAAAAAUAAAUUAAAUAAAAAUCAAUUGGAUUUAUUUAAAUGGAUUUUUGAAAGAAUUGCUAAUGAACAAAAAGAAGAAAAAUUGAGAGAGGGGACUGAUAUAAUGGGUGAAACAACUUCAACAACAACAGAUACUCAAAAUAAUUCUGUUUUGGAACAAAAUGAGAGAUUGCGGGAUUUGGAGAUUAGAUAUAGAUGGUUGGUUUGUUGGGGUUUUUAUAAAGAAAAUUUAGAUUACUCUAACGGUUUUUACCGCUAA